CCCUGGCUUCCCCCUCCCCUCGGCUCCCCCAUGAUGGACCCUGGAAGCGACCCCCUCCUCUUUGCCGACAUCCGCCUGUGCGGGUACCUGCGCAAGCAGAAAUCCCGCCAUCGCCGCUACUUUGUGCUGCGCUGUGGGGGGGAGCGAGGGCCCCCCCGACUGGAGUAUUAUGAGAACGAGAAGAAAUUCCGGGCCGGGGGCCUCUGCUCGCGCCCCAAGAAGACCCUCUUCCUCGGCGGCAUGCUGACCAUCAACAAGCGCGCAGAUGCCCGGCACCAGCACCUGAUCGUCCUCUGUGGCCGUGAGGGCACCUUUGGCGUGGCUGCAGAGAGCGCCGAGCAGCAGCAGGCCUGGUACCUGGCCCUGGUGGAGCUGCACGGCAAGGGUACAGCCCCCCCGGAGGGGGACGGCGAGGCGGCCCAGCCCAUCCCGGCCUUCAAAGAAGUCUGGCAGGUGAGCCUGCGGCCAAGGGGCCUGGGCCACUCCCGGAACCUGGCCGGCCUCCACCUACUGUGCCUGGCCGAGAAGACGGUCAGCCUGGUGAGGCUGAACUCGGACGAGGCCGCCCUGGUCCUGCAGCUGCUCAACAUCCGGCGCUGCGGCCACUCGGAGAACUACUUCUUCAUGGAGGUGGGCCGCUCGUCGGCCACGGGGCCUGGGGAGCUCUGGAUGCAGGUGGAGGACCUGGUGGUCGCCCAGAACAUGCACGAGACCAUCCUGGAGGCAAUGAAGGCCCUCAGCGAGGACUUCCGGGGCCACGGAAGGGCCCAGGCGCUGCCUUCCACGCCCAUCUUGGUGCCGGCACGCCGGCAGUCCCACAGCAACCCGCCGCCCGGCCAACGGGCCUUCCCGUGGAGGAGCCGCCCCAAGGGGGGCACGCCUUCUUUCGGUCGCGGCUCCACAGGGGCCUCGGGGCAAAAGAAGCCGGCAGGCAGGAAGCCGGACUCCUUGAGCGACUACAGCGCCAUGUCGUCCGACGAAGGUGGCUCCAGCCCAGGGGAACUGCGGCCUCCCAGCACACCCGACCCCCUGAGCGCCAUGGUGGUGGACGGGGAGCUGGACUACAUCAGCAUGGGCCAGCGGGCCUCCCCCGAGGAGGCCGGCCUGCCGAAGUGGCCCUUGGGAGGCCUGGCCCACAAGCGGGCAUCCCUGCCCCCGUUGGCGCUGUGCAAGGGCACCCCCGGCCUCCUGCGUCGCAGGCAGAGCGCCAAGCCUGCCACGGUUUCAACCAGCUACCCCGAAGGACUGAACCUGCAGGGCAGCGAUCCCGGGUACAUGGCCAUGCUGCCGGGGGCGGCCCUGGGCCCCGAGGAGCAGGACUAUGUCCCAAUGACGCCCAGCAGCGUCUCUCCCCCGCGGGAGGGUGGGGGGUACAUGCUGAUGUCCCCCAGCAGGAGCUGCUCACCGGACGGGAUGGGCCAGUGGGCCACGGGGGGCGGGGAGAGCAAGUCUCCGCCCGGUGAGUACGUGAACAUGUCCCCAGCCAGGCAGGGGGCCCCAGAUGCCUCCGUGGAGUACAGCCUGCUGUUGCCCCUCCUGGGCCCCCCUCCAGCCUUCUCCCCGCCACCCUCCUCCAGGUGUGGCCCCAGAGCCCCCUGGCUCCCCGCCGCCCCCCGCCGCCUGUCCUGCUCCUCGUCCACCAGCUCAGAGAGCCUGGAGGAGGCUGCCCGCUGCCCCCUCGGCCUGUUUGCUGACCCGCCUGGAGGUCCCAAGGAAGCCACGUCUUGCUACGUCAACCUGGCUCUCCGAAGGACGCCAGCUGAUGCCAGCCAGGUGCCAGCGCCUGAAGGCCCCACUGGGCUGGCACCUGGGCCCCCGUUUGCAAGGUGUGGCUGUGAGACCGAGGGGAAGGCCACCCUCCCGGACCCGGCCCCAAGGGAGAGAGGGCUGAACUACAUCGACCUCGACCUGGCCAGAGAGGCUGCCCCGGGCCGGGCCCUCCCUCUCCGCCUGUCUGCCGGCCCCUGCCGGGCGGGACCACCCCACAGCUACGCCAGCAUCGACUUCCAGCGCCUGGGAGAGCUGCUGGGGCCGGAGGCCAGCCCCCCGGGGCCUGCAGAAAUCUGACCUCCUGGCCAAGGCAGCUGGGCAUCGGAUCGCCUCCCCCCCCCCCGGUCUCCCUCUGGGGCUGGACAAGUUCUCCUUUCCUGCCCCCCCCCAGGCCGUGUGGCGAUGCCAAGUUUUUUUGGGGGAGUGCUGCUGCCCCUCCCCCAGAGGACUCCUGCGAUGCUGUUCCUGUGCCUCACACACACCAAAGAGGAACUGGGGGAGGGGGGGUCUGGCCCUGGGUUUCAGGGUGUGCAAAGAGAAGGGGGACGACCCCCAAACGGUUGCUGGGAAGGACGGAAAGGAACAGAUUUGCUUCCGGGACCCUCCGUGUGUGAAAGCAGCCGUGGUUUUGUGCCUUGGGACCCCCUCCCCACUGGGCCCCUCAGACUUGUAACCUCGGUACGCCCUGCAGACCCCCCCCCCCAUGAAAUAUAACCUGCAUUCACAUGCAAGGCUGGUCGACACCCCCCCUUUUGCUGCUGCUGCUGCUGCAUUUUGCACAGGCCCAGCCCUGCUGGUGUCUUUGGUGGGCGCAGACCCCCCCCCCAUUGUCUGGGCUGGCCAAAGAGACCGUGCUCCGUUCAGUGCCUGCUUUCUGGCCUUUAAAAUAAAAGCUAUUUUUAAAUAUGGAAGAAAAA